AUGACUAAAAAUGUUUAUAUACUAUUUGUUUAUAUAGUUUACGUCUUUCUUCAUAUGUUUUCGUUAUCCCUAAGAAUGCAAAAAAAUUUGUUUAAAUAUAUCACACCUAUUUCAAAGAAAAUAAAUUUAACUAGAAUAAAAAAGGUCAAAGCUUUCAGAAAAGAAAGAAAACAGAAAAAUAUCCACGUUUUCAAUGAUGCUGUCAACAAAUAUAUAGGUUUCGAUGCAUUUUUUAAAAAAUUAAACAAUGUAUCAAGCAGCCAAGACAAACUAAAUUAUAUUAACCUGCUGCAUAAAAUCAUUGAGGAUAAAAAAUGUGAGUAUUUCCUUUUCAGUAACAAUUAUAUGAGAACUAUUAUAUACAUUUUAAAUGAAAGACUUUUAACGAUUAGAAAAAAUGAAUAUCAAAAUGACGCCACCGAUUAUCAGAUAAUUUACAAACUUUUAUUAAUAUUUAAUAAUUUGACAAAAUAUCAGAAUUUUUACCAUGUAAUACUAAAUGACUAUACACAUAAAAAUGUAAAAAUGUCCUUAAUAUAUAUUAUUAUGAAUAUUUUAAAUGAAAAAGGAAAUAAAGAGACACAUAAAGAAGCAAAUUCUGUUUUUGAUUAUCUUACUUCCUUUUUUAAAAACACUGAUGAAACUCCAAAAAAUUAUAUAGAUCAAGAUCAUAUUAUAGAUGACCAAAUUAAAAAAGAAAAUGAUAUUAAGAAAAAAAGUGAUAUAGAAGAUAUUAAAAAUAAAAUUUUCCAUUUAGGAAAAAAUAUUUUAUUAAAAGUAAAAGAAGAAAAAUUAAAAAUAGAAAAUAAAUUAAAUGAGCAAUAUAAUAAUAAUGACAAUAUUUUAAAAGAUCAACCAUAUGCAAAAAGACAAUUAGAAUAUUAUCAAUUAGGACAAAACGAUAUAAGCUUACUAGAAGAAAAUAAAAAUGGGAAUUCUGAUGAUAUUGAAACGAUAAAGUCGGAUCAUACCAAUCAUCCUCAUUACUUUAACAGCAACAAUAAGGAUAAUAAUACCUAUAAAGAUUACACUAAUAGUACUAGUCAAUUAAACUAUUUUAAUGAAGAUUUUAAUAAUGAUGAUUAUAAGAAAAUGAAAAAUGACCAAAAAAAUGGUAGUGAACAAACAGAAAAUUCCAUUGUUAAUUAUACAGAGCAAAACGAUACUUCAUUUCAAAAUAAACAAGAUGAAGAAAUGAAAUAUAAAAAUAUGGACAAAAGAAUACAUGAGAUAAUAAAGGCGUCAGACGAUAAUAUUACAUUCGUGCCUUUUUAUUUUAAUAAAAAUUCUAAAGAUAAUAUUUUAACAAGUAUAAUUGUUAAUUUUCAAAAAGAUCAAAAGGGAAUAGUGGUUUACAAAAGAAAGCAUGACGAAGCAACGAAUGAAAAAGUUAACGAAAAAUCUGGGGAAAAUAAAUCUGAAUAUUUAAUAGAUAAAACGAUUACAAAAUUAAAGAAAAAAGGAAUUGCAAUUGAAAAUAUAGGAGAUGAUUAUAAUUGUAACAAUUAUUAUGAAGUGCAUGACAAUUAUGCCGAAGAUGAUACAGAUAUAUUAAAUUAUGAAAGAAAUGCAAAUGAUAAAAAUUUUAAUAUAAAAGAAAAUGAUGAAGAAGCAGCAUCAAAUGGUUAUUAUAAAAAUGGUGGCGAAGUAGAUCAAAAAAGUGAAGGACAAAAGGAAAAAAAUCACUUACGAACAAGAAAUGAGUACGAAGGUGUAGAUGGGGAAAAUGGAGAAGAAAUUUCCCAAAAAGAAAACGAAGAAAACAGUAAAACAAACCAAAAUAACGAACUAAACGAAUCAGAUGAAAUACUUGAAGAAGAUGAAUUGGAAAAUGAUUCGAAAAAUAAAACAAAUAAUGAAAAUGAAUAUGAUGAAAACAAUGUUAAUGUAGUUUAUGAGGAUAAUAAUAUUAAUAUAAAGGAUAUCAAUAAUAAGACAGAUACAAAAAUGGGGGGAAAUAGCAACUUUUUAAAUAUGGGAUUAUUAAUAUUGGCUAAAAAAAAACCCUUAUUAAAAGAAGUAAUUCCAACCAUUGAAAAUGAUAAUAAUAAAAUGCCAACAAAUAAAGAAGGUACUAUAGAAUCAUUCGAUAGUAAUGAUAUUAAUCAUAUAAUGAAUAAUUCAAUGUUCUCAGACAAUAUAAAAGGCAUUCCAAAUAAUCCAUAUAAUUAUCUAAAAAUCGAUAAAUUAGUAAAAAACAUUGAAACAAACCUUAACAUUUAUAAAAAACGAGAACAUAAGGCUAGCAAUAUUGAAGGGUAUGAUAAAAUAUAUUUAAAAUUUGAUGAAAGACAAAAUGAAUCAGAAGAAAUGGAUAAAUAUGUACUAAUGGGAUAUUUAAACUUUAAUUUAGAUAUGUUAAAAAAUUUUAAAAUAAAUAAUGACGAGACUAAUUUAGUGAUGUCUAAUAAUUCUAUUAAUAAUAGUAAUCCAUAUUUACAUUUAGAAUUAAUAAAGAAUUACAUCGAAUCAUUAUUUAACUAUAUAGAUAUAAAUAGUUACUUUACAAAUAAGCUAUUAAAAUUAUUAUAUGAAAUGUUAAUAGAAAAUCGUAACUCGAUAAUUUACAAUCUGUUUUAUUAUACUAUUUUAAACGAUGAAAAUAUGAAUAAAAUAAUUGAUAUAUUAUCAAAAAGUGUAAGUAAUAAUUUAAAUAAAUCGAAUAUUACGUAUGCGUUAAGAAUAUUAUAUAUUUUAUCUUUCCAACAGCAUUUAUAUAUUAAUAAUAUAAAAGAGAAAAACAAAAUAAAUGAAAACUCUAUGAUUCUUUAUAAGAAUGUUGCAAAAUAUCUAGAAGAUAUAAAAACUGAAGAUUUUAUUAAAAUUCUACAAAAAAAUGAAAAAUUAAUUACAAGCUUAAAAAAUGUGUCUCUAUUUUUUGAAAAUAAAUACAAAAACCAAAAUUCGUUAUAUAUUCGUGAUGACAAAAAAGAACAAUUCUUGAUAGACAAUAAAAUAGUUAAGAAAAAAUUAAAUAAUAUAUAUAAUAGGCAUUUUAUAUGUGAACAGAAGGACCUAAUUAUUAUUAGGAAAACAAAUAUUAUAUUAAAAGCUCUAGGAGCUAAUAUGUUUGAUUUAUAUAAUGAUAUAAUUUUUACAGAUCGAGAUCAAAAAUCACAUGAAUAUUUAAUGAAAGAAAAUAGUAUCCAAAAAAAUAUUAUUCAUGAUUACAAUGAUACAAUUAUAAAUUUUGUUUCAAAAUUUAAAAAAUAUUUUACUUUUUCCAAUAAUGAGAAUCCUCCAAAUGGUCAGGAUAGUAUUGCAAAUGCUACACACACAUUAAAUAAUAAAGACAAUGAAAAUUUAAAAACAGACAAUAGCAAAACAUGGAAUAGCGGUCAAAUAAAAAACAGUUAUAAUAACAAUUAUUCAUCUGGCAUUAAUGAAUAUGAAGAUAAAGUAAAAAAUAACGUUUUAAACGACAUGACAAACAAAACGAAUGGCACAGAUCAUAAUACUUCCACUAGCAUGGAAGAAGAAAACAAAAAGAAAAAUUCGGAAAAAGAAAAAAAAAUAUACAUAUACAAUAUGAAUAAUAAAGAAUAUAUAACAUUCGAUAAAUUUAAAGAAACUCUAGUAAAUAUGAAACAAAAAAGAAAAAGAAAAUUAAGAAUCUUAUGUCUUGAUGGUGGAGGUAUUAGAGGAUUAUUAUCAAUCGAAAUUUUAAAAUGUAUUAAUAGUCAUUUAAAAAAAAAUUUAUUUGAAUAUUUUGAUAUAAUAUGUGGAACAAGUACAGGUGCCAUCAUAUCUAUAUUAAUAGGUUUAGAAAAAGCACAUUUAAAUGAAAUCGAAUUUUUAUAUAAUUUAUUAAUUAAUAAAAUAUUCCAAAAGGAUACAUAUGCAGUUAGAAGUACUAGAUAUUUAUUGAAACAUUCAUAUUAUGAUUCAAGUGUGCUAAAUAAUAUUCUAAAUACAUUUUUUAAAAAUACGAAAAUGUUCCAUUAUAAUUCCGAUUUUUUCACUCCAUACGUAUUUACAGUCUCAACACAAAUGAAUAUUACACCUGUCCAACCUGUCAUAUUAAAAAAUUAUCAUGUCAAUUUAAAUAGAAUAACAGAAUUAAACAAGCCAAAUGAGCAAAUGCUAUAUACAGCUAAAAAAGAAACAAGCGAUAUAUUAAAUCGUGGUUCUGCUUCACAUAAAUAUGAUGCAUCUGAAAAUAUUGGAGAUAAUAGCAAAGUUGUGGAUAUAAAUAAUAGUUACUCUAAAGGUAAUAAUAAUAUAGAUGCCAUAAAUCAAGAAGAAAUUCAAAGUUAUGCUAAUUUAGACGAUAACAAAAAUUUACAUGAAUAUUACAAUAGUAGAGAAAAAUUAAAAGACAACAAUAAAAGUAUAAAUAAUGAAAUUCAUAUAAAUAAAAAUAUUCAUGAUGUAAGCAUAUAUAAAAGUUUUUAUAAUAUUUUUGUAAAAUAUGUUUUAAGAUGUACUACAGCUGCUCCUGGAUUUUUUAAUUUUUUUUCCUUUGAUGAUAAUAUAUAUGCUGAUGGGGCCAUAUGUUUUAAUAAUCCUACUCUAAUAAGUUUAAAUGAAAUGAAAUUGAUUUUUUAUAAUUAUUUAAAUAAAAAAAAAAAUAAUAUAUUUAAUAAAAUAAAAUAUUCAGUAAAAAAGGACAUCACAAAUGAACCAGAACAAAAUGAUGCAAUAAAUUUAAAUGACUAUAUAGAUUGCAUAGUAAGUAUAGGAACAGGAAAAUUUCAACCAAAAAUAACACACGAAUAUAACGACAAUAAAGAGCAGGACACAUUUUUAAGAUGGGACGUAUUAUUAAAACAAAUUGUAUUCUCCAUUACAAAUACAGAACUAACUCAUGAUACAUGUAAUAAUUUAUUAGAUAAAAAUAAAUACUUUCGAUUUAAUUGUUUUAUUAACAAUGUAAAAUUAGACGAAACAUCACCUGAAAUUAUUACUAAAUUGAAACAAGUAGGAAAAAGAUAUUUUGAAGACGAUAAAUAUAAUCAACAAAAACUAAUUCAAUUAAUAAAUAUAUUAGAAGAUAAAAAAGAUGUAAAUGAAUAUAUACAAAACCAAAAAAAAAUAUGGAAUCCUUCUUAUAUAGAUCAUAUUAAAUCAAAAAUAUAUAACUUUUUUUUCCCAAAAAAUAAAAAAUCAAUAAAUAGAGAAGUAUCUCCAAUAGCUGAGUCUUCUCAAAAUAGCAACAUUAGCAAGGAUGGAAGUUUGGACGAAAGUGAAUCUAUGAAAAAUGAAAACCAAAAAAAUACAAACUUAUAUAGUGACUUCAAUUUUAAUUUCUUGAAUGAUGAUAAUAAAUUUGACAUAUCAAAUAUCGAUGAAAUUUUAGAAAUAAUAAAUAGAAAUAGUAAUAAUUUUCCACAAAGUAAAAAUACACCAAAUGGUUUUUUUCAAUAUUUUACUAAUUUAUUUUAUAAUAACAGUAAUAAUAAAUUUAUAAAAAAAUUAGAAAAUAUGAACAAAAAUAAUAUAUUUAUUAAAAAAAAAAGAGAACCAAGUAAUUAUGUUAAUGUUACACCCAAUACAGGUAUUAGAGUUUUGUUAAAUGAAAUAUAUUUUAUUUUAUUAAAAAGAAAUAUUUAUUUUCAUACCGAUCAAAAUUGUCCAAUUAAUGGCAAUCCUCCAAAUGAUUAUGAUAUUAAUAUUCAAAAAUACAUUCCAUACCCUCCCGAUAAAAACAAUCAGCUUUCACACAUAAAUGAAAGUGGAGAUACAUUAAAAAAAAAUGAGCAUAACGAACAAAAUAGCAUGGAAAAUAAUUCUAAUAAUAAAAGUAUAAAGAAAUCAGAUUAUUUUAACAAUACCGAUCCUAAUAAUACAAAUAUCAUAAAAAAUAAUUAUGAAGAAAAUAAUAAUAAUUAUUUGUCCAAACUACCAAAUAAUAAUAAUGAACCCUGCUUAUAUAAUGAUGACACAAAUUUACCUAACAUUGUCGAAAAUACAAAUUUAAUUAAAAAGAAGAAUAUUAAAGACAUAAUGAGUUCUUAUAAUGUUAACUACCAAUUUUUUAAGUCAAUUAAUCCAGAUUCACUCGAAAUAAAAAAAAAUAUGAUAUUUAAUGUGCUAAGAAAUAUAUUUUUUAAAAAUGAUACAUAG